AUGGGGAUUGUAUUGGAGUCAGGAGUUGCACCUGCACCGGCACCAACACCAUUGCUGUCUCCAUCAGAAGCAAAUGCUAUACUUAACAGUGGAUGGUGGGAUCUAUCCAAGAUAGAUGCCUACUCCUCUAUUUGUACAUGGGUUGGUAUAACUUGCAACGAGGAUGGAAGCAUAACUGCAAUCAUAGAUCCAUAUGUUUCAUCAGGGAAUUUAGCAACACUAGACUUUUCUGCUUUCAAGAAUUUAGAAAGCAUAAAGGUCACGGGAAGUGGACUAUAUGGAACCAUCCCACCUGAAAUUGGUAAUCUCAGAAAACUCACUCAUCUUGAUUUGUCCUACAAUUAUCUUCAAGGGGAGAUACCUCCUUCACUGGGAAAUCUUAUCAAAUUAGAGUCCCUAACCAUCUAUAGCAACAACAUUCAAGGCUCCAUUCCUCGUGAACUGUUGUUCCUGCAAAAUCUUAAUGAAUUAGAUCUAAGUUACAACUACAUUAGUGGUGAAAUACCACCAGAGCUUGGACAUUUGCUAUCCUUAAAAAUUCUUAAUCUACGCUACAAUCAUUUGAAGGGUCCUGUUACAAUAUGUAAAUAG